GAAAUUCAAACUGUGGAAGUGAAAUUGAGGCCCGGUGGCGGGUGAGGGCGGAGGCUGCUUCAUUUGGAGAGAUGGCUGAGGAAGGCGGCGUCACGGUCUGCGUGCGGGUGCGCCCGCUUAUUGCGAGAGAGAAUGCAGACCAUGAAGAGAAACAGAACAUUUUGUGGAAAACUGAGGAAUGCACCAUAUCUCAGGUUGAUGGGACAAAAUCUUUCACCUUUGAUCGGGUGUUUCAUUCUUCAGAAAAUACCACAGAAGUCUACGAAGGGGUGGCUGCUUCAAUUAUAAAGUCUGCUGUUCAGGGAUAUAAUGGAACUAUUUUUGCCUAUGGCCAAACUGCUUCGGGGAAAACUUACACAAUGUUGGGCACUAAAGAUUGCCCAGGAAUCAUACCGAUGGCCAUCAAUGAUGUUUUCAAUAGCAUCUGUGGAAAUCCUGACAGGGAGUUCCUACUCCGUGUAUCAUAUAUGGAAAUCCACAAUGAUAGAGUUCAGGACCUACUGUGCAGCAACAUAAAAAAAAAGAAACCCUUGGUUGUUCGUGAAGACAUCAGUAGGCAAAUCUUUGUUGAAGAUCUGAGCGAAGAGGUGGUGGUUUCUCCAGAGCAAGUUGUGAGCUGGCUGCAGAAAGGAGAAAAAAACAGACACUAUGGUGAGACCAAUAUGAAUGACAGAAGUAGCCGCUCGCAUGCAAUCUUCCGCAUGAUAAUUGAAAGCAAAGAGAAGACUGAUAGUUCAAGCUACGAUGGCGCUGUAAUGGUAUCUCACUUGAAUUUCGUAGAUCUGGCAGGAAGUGAAAGAGCUAGCCAGACUGGUGCUGAAGGGAUUCGUCUCAAAGAAGGUUGCAAUAUAAACCGGAGCCUCUCCAUCUUGGGCCAAGUUAUCAAGAAGCUAUGUGACGAUCAGGCUGGAGGCUACAUUAACUACCGAGAUAGCAAGCUGACACGGAUUCUGCAGAAUUCGCUGGGUGGAAAUGCUAAGACUGUUAUUAUCUGCACAGUCACUCCGGCAUCCUUGGAAGAAACUCUUAGCACACUCCAGUUUGCCAGUACAGCUAAAAAUAUGAAAAAUAGCCCCAUAGUAAACGAAGUUCUAACUGAGGAUGCCCUUCUGAAGAGAUAUCGUUCAGAAAUAGAAGACCUGAAACGACGCCUAGAAGAGGUUUCACCACAAUCCCAGCUGGCACAGAUCAUUGAAGAAAAGAACGCUCUUCAAAAAGAACAGCAGGAGAAAAUAAGGGCUCUCACUGAGAUGCUGGUGACGGCACCUUCUUUUGCAUCAGCGCAAGACUUCAAGGUUCGAAGGAAGAGGAGAGUGACCUGGGCUCCAGGAGCAAUAAACCAGGAAGGAGGGGAAUGUCUCCUGGGAAGCUUUCCCUCAAAAGCCAAACAGUUUAAAACAUCUUUGUCUUGUCUAUCAGAGAUGGAAGAGUCUGUAUCUUCGGAGUUCUCGGAACAUGAUGAUCAAUGGAUGACAGCCAGUGUUACAAUUCCUGAAGAGGAAUGGAUUCCAGGAUCUGAGGUUGGCUUGAUUCAUAAAGAUUUUGCAGAUUCUGUCAUGCUUUGUGAAACCCUAGUAGAUGAGAGGGAUAAUGCUGUCACUGAACAACAAGCCUUAAAAGUAGAGCUAAAAAACCUGCAAAUGGAGAAAGAGCAGAUUGCAUGUGAGCUGAAAGAGCUGAAGGAGAAAAUGUCCAUUUAUGAGUUUGUGGCUCUCGAAAGAGAGGCAGCAAACGAACAAGAGAUGCAACUAAUGCAUGAAAUUUCCAGCUUAAAGGCUAUUAUUACAAAUGCUGAAGUUUGCAAUCAAGAUCUGCAGGAGGAAGUAAUGUCAAAAGCCUUGCAGAUCGAGGAGCAAAACAAUAAAAUCAAAGCACUGGAAAGCCAUGUCAGUGAGCUAAGAAAUCUUAUGAGAGAAGCAAAGACAGAAAGUGGGGAAAGCGAUGUGUCAUCACAGAUUUUGAAUAACUCGGGGGACGAAAUGCAAAAAAUGAAGCAGUCUCUCAGUGAUGUUGAGGCGGUAGCACUGGAUUCCAAGAGAGAAUCUUCAUUCCUCAGAAGUGAAAACAUAGCACUGAAAGAAAAAAUGGACCAGCUCUCAGAGACGUACAAGCAAAUGGAAAAAGACAUUGAGAGUUACAGAAGACAGUUAGAUUCUGGGAAAGUUGCCUACAAGAAAAUGCAGUCUGACUUGCAGAAAGAAUUGCAGUACUACCUGCAGGAAAAUUCAAAGCUGGCAUCGCUUUUGGAGGGAAGAGUUCCAAAUGACUUACUCUCAUGUAUGGAACUGGAAAGGAAGAUUGCAGGUUUAAAAGAUGAGCUGAAUAAAGCUCUGGAAGAGAACUCAACUUUAAGGAAAGAAGCAGCUGCAUCAUUAGAAGUCCGUUCGGGACCUGACACUGAAAUCUUCCAGAAGGAGGUGCUUGAAAAAUCCGAAAUGAUUGCUUCUCUGGCCUCGGAAAAAGAGAUGCUGCUUGCUCAAGUGUCUGAGAAGGAGAGACUGCUGUGCGAAGCAACUAUUGCGCUAAAAUCCAAAGAAGAUUUUGUAAAUUCUGAAGCAAUGCGCCAAAAUGACCUAGCUUUUCAAGAGCUGAAAUGUCACUGUGAUGAACUGGAGCAGAAAUUCUUGACUGCAUCAGAAGAAAACAAGCAGAUGAAAUGCCAACUAGAUCUUCUAUCUGAAGAAAACCUCAAGCUACAGGCAACCGUUCAUGAAGUGACUCAAGAGCUUUCUGGCAAGAUCAAAGAGAUGCAAGAAAAGGACUUGGAGCAAGAGAAGCUUCUUGGUAUGAGAGAACAACUUGAUGAAGCACAUCAAAAACUGAGUGAAAUGGAGCAACUCAAAGACCAGUUGAAGACCUGGGCAUCUAAAAUGGAGGCUGAGGAAAUGGAGAAGCUGGGCCUAGCUCAAAGGCUCCAAGAGAGUGAAGAAGAGAUGCAGGCGCUGACUCAGGAAAGAGAUGACCUGAAGCAGAAGGAGGAGGCUCUCAGGCAUGAGAGAGAUCAGAUCAAAGAAGAUAUCCAAGAGACUGUGUCAAUGAACAUUGAAUCACAAGAAGAACUGAGAAGUGCGCAAAAUUCUCUGAAGCAUCGUGAGAAGCAAAUUAAAGAACUGGAAGAAGCCAUUGUGGAGAGAGAAUCACAGAUUUCAAGUGUUAAAGAAUCUCUAGGGGUCACUAUUGAAGAACAGAAGCAACAGAUACUAAAGUUAACAGAGCACUUGGACUGCUUCAACACAGAGAAAAAUAUGUUAACUGGAGGAGACGGGGAUGCAGAGGAAAUCAAGCUGGAGGAAAAUAACCAGCUUCAGUCAAUGAAGGAAAAAAUCUUGUCCCUUGAGCAAGAGAAGACUUUGCUAAAGCAACAACUGGAGAGUCUGCAAGAGCAAAAGAACUGGUACCUGGAAAGCAGUCAGCUGCCACCUAGCAAGAUCCAAGAGCUGCAAACAGGAGACACUGAAGAGGAUAGACUUUGUAUGAAAGAAGAACUCUGCCAAGCUCUAGGGAAGUUGAGUGAAAUGGAACAACUGAGGGAGCAAUUAGAAGCUAGUGAGUCUAGAAUUGAAGCUGAGGUAAUGGACACGCUGACAGUAACUCAGAAACUUCAUGAGCAGGAGGAAGCGAUGAAGGCCGUAAUGCAAGAACGAGAUAAUUUGAAGGACAUUGUGGGUUCUCUCCAAAUAGAGAAGGAUCUCAUCAAGGAAAAGAUUGAAGCAGAUGUAGCUCAGAAGCUUCAUAAUCAUGAAGGAGCAAUGGAAGUCUUAAUCCAGGAACGAGAUGAUUUGAGGAGGAAGCUGGAUGUUCUCCAAAAACAGGGGAAGCUUGCCACAAUAGAGGCUGAAACAGAGGUGCUUCAUGAGCAUGAAGAAGCAAUGAGAGCCUUGACCCAGGAGCGAGAUUACCUGAAGGACAAAUUGGAUGCUCUCCAAGUGGAGAGGGAUCUCAUCAAGGAAGAGAUGCAAGCAGCAAAAUCAAUGCUUUCUCUUAAGCAGCAAGACAACGAGAGAGCGCUAGAGGAGCUACUCGGACUGAAAGAAGAGCUCUGUGAAGCCCAGCAGAAACAGAGUGUCAUGAAGCAGCUGGAUGCAGAUCUUAAGGCCAGAGAAUCUGAACUUGAGGCUGAAAAGAUGGAGAAGUUGGAAAUGGCGCAAAGGCUUCGCAGCAGCGAAGAAGAGAAAAAAUCCCUAACCCAGGCGAUGGAUGCCCUGAAGCAGAAGUGGGAAGCUCUCCAAACUGAGAGUGAGUCACUCCAGAGACUUCUGGAAGCAACUACUUCAAUGGUCCAACAGCUAGAAGAAAAGAAUCUUGACCUGAUGCAACUGCUUGAGUCGAGGGAAGAGCAGAGCCGGACGGCUGCGGAACGUCUGAAUGAGAUGGAGCAAUUGAAGUCCAAGACAGAAGCCAUGGAGAAGGAGAAAGCAGAAUUGCUUCAGAAGCUUCACAGCGCCGUGCAGGACUUCAGAACUGUAAAUCGGGAAAAAGAGGAUUUGAAAACCGCAGUAGAUGCUCUUCAAACUGAGAAGGAUAACAUGAUCCAGACCAUCCACCGCCUUGGCGAGAGUGUAGAGAAGAUGGUUGCAAAUAAUCUGAAGCUGCAAGAACAACUCGAGCUUAGCAUUAGCCAUAAGGAAGGAGCUAGUGGAAUGGCAGAGGAACCAGAAGGAAGGAUCUUAGAUGAGAAUUCUCAGGCCUCAGGACUCCAGGAGAUACUGGACCAGACAACUGAUCGACAGAAGAGAGAAGCCUUACUUGAAUCUCAAUCUCUAUAUACUAAACAGGCUGAGUGCUGCCGAAAAGCUGAAGCUGCCCUGAAAGCAUCUAAGGAGCAAAUCCAAGAACUGCUCCUAGAGUUGAAUACACUGAAAGAAAAGCAAACACAUUGUGCGGCUGCUAAUCUUGCCUUGGAAGAAGAAAACUAUAAGCUGGGGGAUAAAUUAAAAGCAACAGAAGAACAACAGAAGAGUCUGAAGCUGAAAAUCCAAGAGCUGGAAAAUGCCUUGAGUGAAAUGAGAGGAAAUUUCCAGGAAAGGGAAAAGGCUGCCCAGUUGGCAAUGGAGCUGAAAGUGCGAGCGGCCAAGAAUGAUGCGGUCCGUCUUGGGGCUGUAUUAAAGGAGAAGGAGAACAGCCUAAGAAGUGCACUUGCAGAACAAGAAACUCUCAAGGCCAAACUUAAUGAAGGUGCUGAAUCGAACAAGGACGAAAUCGAGGACCUCAAAACUCAGCUUGCUAAAGCAGACAUGGCAAGAAUGAAGCAGAGCAAAUAUUUUGAUCAAGAAAUGGCUAACGCAAAAGCUCUUGCAGAGCACAGAGAGGAGCAGUUGAGAAAACUCAAGGAAGAACUUCGCAGAGUGCAACAAGAGCAGGAUGUGACUGUAAUAGCAUCGCACAAAGACAAUUCUCAGGUACCACUAGCGAUUACUUGUGGCGGUGGAAGUGGAAUAGUACAAAGUACCCAGCUGCUUGUGCUGAAAUCUGAGCAUGCGAAACUGGAAAAGGAACAUGCUCAACUGAAGAAAAAACUGGAGAUUAUGUUAAAAAAUGAGCUGCUCUGGAAGGAGGAAGUUAGGAAAUGGAAGGAGCGGUCCUCAAGGAGGCAGCGGUCCACAAGCGAGGAGCAACAGCUAAAAUCACCAAGGAAGACUGCUCCUCCUUCUGUGUCGGAGCAGCCAUCUUCUCCCUGUAGGGAGUGGUCUUUGAGGAGGCAGCAGCCCACAAGCGAGGAGCAACAGCUAAAAUCUCCAAGGAAGACGGUUCCUCCUUCUAUGUCGGAGCUGCCAUCUUCUCCCUGUAGAGAGCGCUCCUUGCAACCAGCUCUGUCGUUGGACACGCCCAUUCCUGUGUUGUUGAGCUGUCCGACCUUCUUUGAUAACUCUCGCUUAGGAGAUUUUAAAGACACAAAGUCUUCAGGUGUCCCGUCCACUGACACAGCAGCAGAGUCAACAGACAAAAUUUUAAAGCAGCGUUUUGCAGGCUCAAACAAUGACGAUGUUUCUAAAUGCAAGACACAGUAGCUGUCUUGAUAUUUUUGUGGACACAGGUUGAUUAAUAGAUUUCCAUCUUCUUUUGACUUCUUUAUACUUAUUUUUAAUGUGUUUUAAAAAAAUAAAGAAUUGUUGUUGUUUA